UAACCGUGGUCGCUGAGAAGGCUUGUUCGAGGAGUGUGUACUGUUCUCCUGUGGCAGCAUAGCAAUACCUUUCACUCGUAAAACUUGCGUUUACAGGAUUUGACAGGUACAAAUUUACUCCGCUGCAGCAACGCUGCAAGAACCGGACCAAGUGCUGUGGAUACCUGCCGUUGCAGCGCAAAGGCGCAAAUUCCACGGGUGUGCUUCUAAGAGCAGACGACGACUGUGUUGUGUUUGUGAGCAACGUCCCCACACGGGAGGCUUUUGUGAAACUUGUUUCUGUGUCUCGCCCUGUGAGUUCACCGAGUUCACCGCCUCUGUGAUGUACAGUGUGACCGAGUGAGUGGAUUAUAACUGGUCAGCCCAUCGGAUUACUAUGACAUGUUGCUUCCUCGUUCCCACAUGCGCUCUGAGACAAAGGCGCUCGGGAAACUUCCGAAGUAGGAUGCAAGAGCACGGCAGCACGUUUAAAACCGCCUCCCGCAAAUAAUCCUUUCCCACCACUACCAUGGAUCACUCCGUGAAAGCGAUGCAAUCCCACCGCAAGGCCGCCUUCUCGCGACUUGUCCGCGGCAAACGCUUCGAAAACGAAGACCUCGAACAGCUCUACCAGCGCUACACCUUCAAGCUGCAGCAGGCCUCCAUCGCCGGCGCGCUAGGCCUACUCGCCACGUUAGGCCUAACCCUGGGAUGUGUCCACGCCGCCUACACCGGACCCGCCACCUUUGAAGUGGCGCUCUACUUCAUCCACGCCAUCGGAUUCGCGGCGGUGUUCGCGUUCAUGUGCAGCCGACUGAUGCAAGACGUGUAUCUGCGCGCUGUGUGUUACGGUAUCCUGGCAUUGGCCGUGUCCCUGUGCGUGUUCUGUGCCUGCCCGGUCGAUGUGGAUGGUGGCGGGUUCUGGAAGGUUCGUCGACCGUCGCCCGCCGACGGUGUGUGGGAGAUAGUGCUGGUGCUCUUUCUGUUGUACACUCUGCUGCCGCUACGUUCCACGUCCGUCGUGGUGGCCGGAACGCUGCUGUGUGCGACACACACGGCGUUGGCCUAUUGGUGCGUCGUCCCCAACAGGAUUGAACAGGUGUUGGCGAAUGGCGUGGUAUUUCUCUGCGCCCACGUGGUGGGAAGCUUCGUCCAUGCGCUCAUGGAGCAUGCGCAGAGGAAGGCCUUUCUCGACACGCGUAACUGCAUCAACGCACGUCUCGACAUGGAGGACGAAAACGAGAAACUGGAGCGGCUACUUCUGAGCGUGCUGCCUCAACAUGUUGCCAUGGAGAUGAAAGAAGACAUCAUCUCGCCUCGCGAGGGGCAGUUCCAUAAGAUCUACAUCCAAAAGCACGAAAAUGUCAGCAUAGUGUUUGCAGACAUUGUGGGCUUCACUGUGCUGGCGUCCCAAUGCUCAGCCCAAGAACUCGUCCGGCUGCUCAACGAGCUUUUUGGUCGCUUUGAUCAAUUAGCCACUGACAAUCAUUGCCUUCGGAUCAAGAUACUCGGUGACUGCUAUUACUGUGUCAGCGGUCUGCCAGAGCCGCGAUCGGAUCACGCGCACUGCACCGUAGAAAUGGGGCUCGACAUGAUUGAUGCUAUUGCGUCUGUGGUAGAAGCAACUGAUGUGCAGCUCAACAUGCGUGUGGGCAUCCACACUGGACGUGUCCUGUGCGGCGUCCUAGGGUUGCGAAAGUGGCAGUACGACGUCUGGUCAAACGACGUCACCCUGGCUAACCACAUGGAGUCCGGAGGGAUCGCUGGGCGAGUUCACAUAACGGAUGCAACAUUGGCCUGCUUGCACGACGAAUACGAAGUGGAGCCAGGCAGAGGCCAAGAACGAGACUCCUACCUGAGGGAACACAAUGCUGUUACUUAUUUCAUCAUUCCACCCAUGCACAGGAGAAGGAACAUUUUGUUCAACCAACUGGCGGUGCGUCGACUGGCAGGACGCAAGCUAUCCUUCAAGAACGUCUCCAAUGUGGUGGUUCAAUUGUUGCAUUCUAUCAAGUACAGCAUGGACGUGCCUUUUGCCAACAUGGCCACCGUGCCUUCAUCUGCACCCGUCACGCCUGAGAAGCAAGCCAGCAAAAAGUUAAAAAUGCCAGACAAGCUAAGAAAGCCAUUCAAAAAAAGGCAUUCCGUAGUGUACCAUCAGCCAACAAACCGCGUGAACAAGUACCUCUCCCAAGCCAUCGAAGCUCGAAGUGUUGACCGUGAGAAAUCAAACCACGUAAACCGCCUCACGCUGUGGUUCAAGGAUAAGGACAAAGAAAAGCAGUAUCACGAGGAAAAAGACCACGGUUUUGGAAGCAGUGUGGCCUGUGUCCUCGCAGUACUGCUGCUCCUCAGCGGGAUGCAGGCGAUCGUACUUCCGAGGACCCUGAUCCUGCUACUGAUGUUUGUGGUGGUUUUCGUGUGGAUGUCUCUGCUUCUCAUCUGGGUAAUGGCUGCGCAACUCAGGUGGACAAAACGUGAUAUAAAUCGGGCAUUCCUGCUCCGCCUAGCAAUAACAAUCUUCUCAAUUCUCCUGGUCUAUGCUGUUGCUCAAGUUAAUGUGCUGUCAUGCUUGCCCGAUCCAAUGUGCACCAAUGCAACAUCUUCCCACGUGGAGAACGGCCACCGCACGUGCUCUGCACCACAUUAUAUUGGAGUGAGCUGCGUGCUAGCAUUUCUGCCUGCAGUUCCAUUCCUGCGUCUUCCCAUCCUGCUCAAGGCUCUCCUGUUGACUCCAAUGGCCGCAGCCUUUGUCACGGUUAUUGAGGUCCCUCAAGCAAAGCUGUUCAAUUGCUACGAUCGGCACAGUGGGGUGCCUGUGCCAUUACACAUCUUGUCCAUCGUGGGCAUUGUGCACGUUCUACUGGCAGUUCUCAUCCACGGCAGACAAGUAGAAUGGACUGCACGUCUUGACUUCCUUUGGAAUGUCCAGGCCAACGAAGAAAAGCGAGAGAUGCACGACCUGGAAAGCAGCAACCGUAGAAUACUCUUCAACUUGUUGCCUGCUCACGUAGCCACACAUUUCUUAGACAAUCAACUGAGAAACAAUAUGGAGCUGUAUCACCAGUCCUACAACAGGGUCGGCGUCAUGUUUGCUUCGAUCCCGAAUUUUCAUGAAUUUUACAUGGAAUUAGACGGCAACAAUCAGGGUGUUGAAUGCUUACGUUUGCUCAAUGAAAUCAUUGCGGAGUUUGAUCAGCUGCUUGACAGUGAGCGUUUCAGGGCCAUCGACAAAAUUAAGACAACAGGAAGCACCUAUAUGGCAGCAAUAGGACUCAUGCCUGAAGCUAGAAUUGAGGAUAACCAUCAAUCAGCAGCACACUACAUGAGCACCAUGGUGGAACUAGUCUUUAGCAUGAAAGAGCACCUGGCAGAUAUAAACGAAAACUCUUACAACAACUUCAUGCUGCGAGUUGGUUUGAACAUUGGUCCAGUGGUGGCAGGGGUCAUAGGAGCACGCAAGCCUCAGUAUGACAUCUGGGGCAACACAGUGAAUGUGUCCAGCAGAAUGGACAGUACUGGUUUGCCGAAUCACACACAGGUGACAGAAGAAGUCUACCAGCUCCUGAAGGACCACCCAUAUGUCUUCCAGUGCCGCGGAAAGGUCAAGGUGAAAGGCAAAGGCGAUAUGACCACCUAUUUUCUCGUCGAUCGCAAGCCCCUGCCUGGCCAUGAACACACUCCCCACCAGGCUCGCAGAGGGAGCAACCCAGUACAGCCGCAGCCACCUGUAAACGGUUCCGGUACACAGCACAUAGUACGAGGGGGAGUACCCACUCCCCUGAGCAUGGUAACGCAACAGGGGAUCACCGGUUCACCCCAGCAACGAAGCGCAUCCACCCCAAAAACACGAUGUAGGGCAGCAGCUCAGUUAUUGGGACAAGGGAGGUCACUUCCGUCAGACACAGAUGAGGGACCUCAACUGUCCUACACCCAGCCAAAGCCGAUAAUUGUUUCUAGCACACCACCGAGAAAGGGCAACUCAAGGUCGCACCAAAGAGCACGACACGAUCGACCCUCCCCGUCGGGGGCUGACCAGGAAUCGAAACCUCGUUCUCUGAACCGUGGUGACCCGUGGGAAAGUUUGCGACAGAUUGGAGAUAUGGUGCCUCCCCCUCCAGCGCAUCCAAUGGGCUCGUCGUCAGCACCGUGGAGUCGAAAUGGCAGCUCGCUCAACAGCAAGUCGACUCCGCAGGGCAGGCAGAGCAACACGCACUGGAGUGAUGACAGCAUGCCCGAUUUCGUGGAAACGUCGUCUCUAAAUCGUUCGUCAUCGUCUUCUAAUGACAGCUUCAGCAGGACAGAUAUGUCAAGGACUGACAAGGGAGAAUUGUCCUCUCCAGGGUUCUGUGGACCGCUGCAGGUUCAGUGGGUGUACCCGCCGUACAAGUCGUCUCCCACCACGGAUCCUCUGCUGCAUCCAGGAGGAACCUCGGAAGCGAACCAACUCGCGGAAGGUUACUUUCCCCAAGUGGGGCGUUCGCCUUCGCGAAGAAACACGGGAUCGAACCCUCGAAAGAAGACUUCUUCUUCCUCAUCCAAGAAAAACAGCACGUCGCAGCAAACCGACGACUCGCCGGGGACAGGGUCCGGUGCGCGGAAACGGACUCGUAAGUCCCCGACUGUCGUGUCUCCCGAAGAAGUGCCGAGGAAACAUCAGAGAAGUCUCAGUCGCGAACCUGCCGUCGGGGGACUCGGGCAGGAUGAGUACGGCAACGUACGGCCCUCGGAGUGCUCGGCGACGUACGCCAAUCAGUCGGCACUUUUGGGCGGCGAGACAGACGAGACCGCCAGAGAUUCGCGGAUUCCACCCAGCGAGCUUCACAACGUCAACGAAGUCUUCGCGCAGCUAGGUGAAAGUGUCUGCCUUUCGCUCAGUGGAAAAAAUUUGGCAGAUACCAUAAACAACAAUCCACCGCCUCCACUUUUGAUGCGUCUAGAAGAAGAGCCGUACCGUCGGAUGGGACCGCAGGAAGGACCCCUGAGUUUACGUUUCGACCCUACGGCAAAUAAAUUAACGUUAACGAGCACAACCAAUCCGCCCCCGAGUUUCUGCAAUGGGGACGAGAGCUGCCCCAGCAUACCCAAAAGUGCGGAACAGAUCCAACUGUACUCGUUCUCCAACGAACACGACUACGAGAGCGUGGACGAGAUUGACAGGCUUGCCAAGAUGACGGAGGACGAGUCCAACAGCGAAGACGAAGAAAACGAUGAAGACGCCCCACUGAUGGACGGCGGAUGCGGAGGCUACACGACAGACGAUGCCUCGCUUGCCAACGACCACGGCCUUACGGACGCCGAGGGAGCGUUGAGCGACCUCAACUCCGUUCUUAACGACAACGGGCACGAGGGCGACGUCGACGACACGAGCGUGUCGUCCCGCGCCAGCAGCCGCCUCCUCAGCGUGGACUCCCUAAGUGCCGCGUACGACUCUGAGUAUGACAAUUGUUUCAGGGGACUCGGAGGUGGUGAAGACAUUCACUCACUGACGGAUCGCAUUGCGAGGAACUUUGGUCGGCCAACCUGUGUCAGCGAUAACGAGGACAGUGACGCACUAGCUUGAUAGGACAAAGUGGCCGUAGAUCUUUUUUUUAAAGUGACCAAGGCGUCGAGGCUGUGUCUACGGAAUACUAGUUUAGCUGCACGAGUGUAUACGAAAAAGUGCUUCUUCUACUAACACCAGGUUAGCAGACUACAUUGCUGUCCAACAUGUGUUUCCUUUGGUCGUCCUAUUUAUAGCAGCUUCUUUUUGGGAUUGACUCUGAAGUUACGUUCUCGUCUUUUACGAGUCACUGGCUAGUUGUAGAGAGGGUACCGUAAUUUCCAGCCAGGAACCCGCUCCGCAGGUUUGCGCACACCCACCAAAAAUUCGAUUUUUAUAAUAAGAGUGCCAGUCAUUCAGUGGUUAUGCUCAGAAAACAAGGAAGCAUCAUGUUGAGAUGAAUAAUGGCACGAUCACACUUCUUUAAUGUGCAUCCUUGUUCUUUAAUGUACGUGCAUUGGAAUCUCGGCACAUCUUAUUUAACGUCACUCGUGGAAAACAGCGUGAUUAAGCAACUUGUACAGUGCUGGACAAAAACAGAGAGACAGAAAACAACAUGUACACCUGGCACUGCCGUCUAGUGCUCAGGGGUGGCCCGGAGGCCAGAUUCCAUCACAUAGUAUGUGCGUAAUGUGCUGGAAAUUACGGUAAUCCCGAUUCAGAAACUUUAUGCUCAAUGUUAUUUCAGGAAAUCAUUAUAUAUUUGGUGGUAAAAACUAUUCUCCAACGAGGAAGAUGAACGUAGGAAUUUCACACCUCUUGACUGUUUUUGGUACCUAUGCACCUGAAAUAUUCUUUGCGCCGCAGUUGUACACCCUUUGUGUUGCACAUAUUAACUUGUAAUAUGAUGGGAGUACUGUACAGGAUGUACUAUACCGAUCUAGCUUGAUUUUAAGAAUUAACCUUUUUUUUCUUACAUUUUUCACUAAGAUUAGAAAUUUCAAUCUGAGUGUCACUCACAAGUGCUCAGAAAGAAGCAUUCGUCUAUCUUUCAUGACUGUCUGUACGAGGUACUCAGGAUGCGAAAGAAAAAAAUACAAAGCUUGCGUAUCAAGUGCUGAGAAGGUACUGAUUUAGAAAAAAAUAAUCUUAUCGCAUGACUCGCAAAAUGGGCGCAGCAAAUAAUCAUUUUCUCGGAAAUUAUUUUUUUAGAAUUGCUUAAGAUGGAAAAGGAAUGAAAAUAUACACACCGUCCACCUUAGAAGUUUGUUAUGCACUGUUGCACCACACUGGAGGAGCAAGUACGUAGUAAAAAGAGAACAUAACCAAGUUCACGCUACGGAUGCUUUACUCGCUGUUGAAGGAACCUAGCGCUAUGUGUAUAGAUUUACCUUGAUCAUGUUUGUCAUGCAAGUUAAGAAGUUGCACUCCUGUAACAUAAGCGUCUUUUUUGUGCGUGUAGACUGUACAAAAUGGUAAAUCGAAAUUUGAGAAGGAAAAUAUGCCAGCGGACCAAUGAAAGAGCUGCAAGCAGCUAGCUCAACCAAGCGCCUCAUGUCACGUUUUUUGCUUAACUGCAGUGACAGAGAGACGCAGACGGUGUGGCGCGAGCUACGUUCGUGUCAUGAUGGUGCCAAAUGUAGAUUUUAAUGCGUGCACUAGCGAGUACUUUGUACAAACCAAUUUCAAUUCAAUUCAAUUGAAUUUUGGGCCACAAAUGACUGUGGGUUUCCUCUGGUUUGUCCAGCACGUUAACCGAUUGAAGGGCUUUACCGCAGUUGUGGCUAAAAUGCACAUUAUUGCGUUAUUGCUUAGCACAAAUAUUUAAAUGUGUCGUUCAUCGUGUUCUUCACAUGCCUUACAUAGCUCUCAUUACAUGGUUAACAUAUUUUUAGUGCAAAUGUUGCUUGACCAGAUCUGUCCCAGUCAGGAAAAGAUUUCACAUUGCGUCUUCGUUUCACCGCCUUGCAUUUCACUUGCUUGUUUGUUCUGAGCACUUAUAAGAAGGGGGUCAGAAAAAGUUAGUUCAAAUGAUGAGUAGCAACGUGUUAAGUUCUUUCCAGCGUCCUUGAGAGUACAACUGUGAAAUUUUUAUUUUUCGACGCCAUGUACCGUGUGAACUUAUGAUGUGCCCACAUGGUGGCCAUCGAGCAAGUUAGCCAUUGGUCUCUCGCAUCGGAUGUUCUUAUAAAAUAAAAAUCCUGUAAAAUGCAAUUAAAUUUGAUGCGAUAAAUGCAUCUAAUUGUGCAAAGAAUUCAUAAAAAUGCAAUUAAAUGCAUUAACUGAAUACAAAAGUGCUCAAAAUGACACAGCCAACAAACACACACGCUUGCGUGCUUCGUAUACAGUAUGUGUCACCAACAGCCCCAGUUUUUGAGUAAAUGCAUUAAAUUCAACAGAUUCUAAUUUGAUGUCAUGGACGUCAGAUAAGGCGAGAUGCUGGACUAUUUGAUUAUACGUGUAUCUGCAUGAUAUUGAUUACCUACAAUGAUACGUUACAGAAACGAGCUCGUCAGUACAUAAUGUUUCUCUGUGCUUUUGCUCUUUCCUCAGCCAAGAUCAAAAGUGCUAUAUAUAUAUUUUUGACACAAUCUGUCUUGUCAUUCAACCCACCGAUGUUUAUGUCAAGUGUGCAGAUUUUAAUCUCGAGCUUAGCCCCAAAAUAUACAUAAAACGACUUUCAAGACAGUGAUGUUAAUACUACCUUAUGAGUUACAGGUAUAUUCGUUAAUAGAAGUUGUAUAUGUUUUGGGUAUGCUACAAGCUGGAUCUGUAAUAAUAAAAGUAUCUCGCUACGAAUCACUAUUGGUGCUGUUGGAUCCAAGGAAAGUUCUCCAUAUAUGUAUCCCGUGGGGACCAUGAGAUUUGCUUAUAAGUCGAAGAUAAGGCUGGUGGACCUACCGGUCAAACUGAUACUGUGUUAAUACAGUAAGUUGUUAUCUGACUACAGUGUUGCUGUCCUAGCUACAAGAUGCAAUCUUGCACAUUUUUGUAAUGUCGGGCACAGCAAAUCGACAUUAUACAGUAUGUUGAUGUUGAUAUAUCGUAGACCAAUGACGACUGCACAGAGUUCAGUCAUGUGUUACACGAUUAGGAUUGCUCAGACCGAAGAAAAUAAAUACACCCUUCAGGAAAGCACAUUGUAUCAGCUAAACGUGAUGGAAGGUAAGCAAGAUACGGCUAGUACACAAUAAACAGGCACAACACAAAGCAUCUAAUGCUUAUUGGAAUAAGGUUUUGUGAACAGUACAAAAAUCUUGCCCAGCUUAAUGUUUGUUACAAUUAAUGUGCACACUUGGAUUGAGAUGGGAAAAUAGAAGGGGGGGUUCUUUCAAGCCUGCAGUGUAGGUCAAACAUGCACAGUAAGGUUUUUAAAGCGACCGAGGGUCCUACGCAAAUUAAGCCAACUGAAUGCUGUUGCUGAAUGUGUUGUUGUUGCCAGUAUUAUUUCAUUGUCCCAACUUAUGGUGUUAUUAUUCCACAAAAGGGAAAUUCCUUCCUGAUGUGGCAGAGGCACGCCAUCAUGUACAGAAAUCAGGAAAAUAACAAUAGCUGAGGCAUACUUGGAUAAAAGUAUGAAAUAAAUGAGCAGAUGGGUUAGCAAGGUUAUAUAAACAAAGAAAAGGAUUUACAACAUGAUGUCCAUUAGUUGUCUUUCAUUCACAGAUUAAGUUACAAUGUCUGUUAAAAUCGGUAGCAGUUACAGAAGUCCAGGUUUGGCGUCAGUAGAAAGUGCAAUACAAACCGUAAAGUCUGUAAGACGGUAAAGUGUAUAGGAAGUAUAAGACCACAAUUAAUAUAAAAUGCAUCAGGACAUCUCCUGAGUUCCACAAAGAUUCAAGAUUUGUGAAUAUUGAUUACAUUACACGAAUUAGCUAAUGCUUUAGGCGCAAUGAACAAAUGGCAACAUUCAGUUGGUUUUACUUGAAAGUGCAAGCAAUCGGGUAGAAUAUCGCCCCCGGCAAAACUUCCCAAUCACCUCGACUAAAAUAAAAUUUGUUGUUGAUGUUACAACAUACACGUGGAGCUCUUUGUCUUUCUUAAAAUCUAGUUGCAGUUUAGUUGGAAUGCACUGUGGAUGUGUGUGUAGAUGUGUCACAACAAAACCUUCAGCCAUGUGUUAACGAGUCUUUGUUGUGCCAUCUGUGCUCCACACCUUCAAGGUGUAAUUGUGGAUAUUCUCUCAGUAUCAGGAAGUAUGGCCGAAAGCCAACGGGAUACAUAAUUUAUACACUAUUCCAUUUUUAUUAUCUAAAACGGCGAACUGUGUAAUCUUCUAUGUGUUGCGUGCUACGCUGAUACUUAAACAUAUUUUACCUGGUGCCGAUUUCUUUCAAACUCACUCACGUGCUCACCUUAUCUCACUUUUCUAACACCUUCAUGUGUGCUUGAAGGCUGCUUUCUGACGCUUUCAGCUGAAAGAUUGGAGCACUUCCGAACCAAGUUUUAAUUCUGCUGGACGUUGUCGUCUCACGCGGACACAUAAAACUUGUGAGAUAUGCACAGGUGGUGAAACACUCGCAGAAAGAACUUUCAGAACGAAAUUGCUUUUCUCCGACCUUGUGUGAAAGAUAUUUCAUGUAGUUAAUCUCGAGUUUAGUGAAUAUUGCAAUCUUGUCUGCACAACCAUCAUCUGUCUAGUCAGCGAUGUGCUGUAUUUUUGCCCACCAGUCGAGAAAACGCGGAUUUUUUUUUUUUUCCACAUGUGCUACAAACUCUGUGCACUAUAUCUAUCUUUGUAUACAACAGCUUCGAAUGAUUAUGCCACGAUGCAUCUUUGGCGAUAUCUCGCCCCCUUUUCGCACAAGCUUGCCUCAUACUCUCAAACGACUGUGUACAUACCAGUAGUGACAACCAUGAGCUAUAAUCACGACAGUACCUUAUCUUCAACUGUAUUUUGAAUUGCUGUUUAAUAAAACCGAGAGAUACCCACA